AAAGCCAAAUGUGAUCCCUCCCAAUUCCAGUGCACGAAUGGCCGCUGUAUUACUCUGCUGUGGAAAUGUGAUGGGGAUGAAGACUGUACAGAUGGCAGCGAUGAACGGAACUGUGUAAAGAAGACGUGUGCGGAGUCUGACUUCGUUUGCAACAAUGGGCAAUGUGUUCCGAAUCGAUGGCAGUGUGAUGGUGAUCCUGACUGUGAAGAUGGUUCUGAUGAAAGCCCAGAACAGUGCCAUAUGAGAACAUGCCGCAUAAAUGAAAUCAGCUGUGGCGCCCGUUCUACUCAGUGUAUCCCAGUGUCCUGGAGAUGUGAUGGUGAAAAUGAUUGUGACAGUGGAGAAGAUGAAGAAAACUGUGGCAACAUCACGUGUAACCCUCUGGAGUUCACUUGCUCCAGCGGCCGCUGCAUCUCCAAGAACUUCGUGUGCAAUGGCCAGGAUGACUGCAAUGAUGGCAGCGACGAGUUCGACUGUGCCCCCCCGACCUGCGGUGCCCACGAGUUCCAGUGCAGUACUUCCUCCUGCAUCCCCAUCAGCUGGGUAUGUGACGAUGAUGCGGACUGCUCAGACCAGUCAGAUGAGUCCCUGGAGCAGUGUGGCCGCCAGCCCGUGAUACACACCAAGUGCCCAGCCAGCGAAAUCCAGUGUGGCUCUGGCGAGUGUAUCCACAAGAAGUGGCGAUGUGAUGGGGACCCGGACUGCAAGGAUGGUAGCGAUGAGGUCAACUGCCCUUCCCGAACCUGCCGGCCGGAUCAAUUUGAAUGCGAGGAUGGUAGCUGCAUCCAUGGGAGCAGACAGUGUAAUGGCAUCCGAGAUUGCGUCGAUGGUUCUGAUGAAGUCAACUGCAAAAAUGUCAAUCAGUGCUUGGGCCCUGGAAAGUUCAAAUGCAGAAGUGGGGAAUGUAUAGAUAUCCUCAAAGUAUGUAACCAGGAGCAAGACUGCAGAGACUGGAGUGAUGAGCCCCUCAAAGAAUGUCACGUCAAUGAAUGCUCAAUAAAUAACGGUGGAUGCUCUCAUAUCUGCAAAGACCUAGUUAUAGGCUAUGAAUGCGACUGCGCAGCUGGGUUUGAACUGAUAGAUAGGAAAACCUGUGGAGAUAUUGACGAAUGCCAAAAUCCAGGAAUCUGCAGCCAAAUUUGUAUCAACUUAAAAGGCGGUUACAAGUGUGAAUGUAGUCGUGGCUAUCAAAUGGAUCUUGCCACUGGCGUGUGCAAAGCAGUAGGUAAAGAGCCAAGUCUGAUCUUCACCAAUCGAAGAGAUAUCAGGAAGAUUGGCUUAGAAAGGAAAGAGUAUAUCCAACUAGUUGAACAGCUACGGAACACUGUGGCUCUUGAUGCUGACAUUGCUGCACAGAAACUAUUCUGGGCUGAUCUAAGUCAAAAGGCCAUCUUCAGUGCCUCAAUUGAUGACAAGGUUGGUAGACAUGUUAAAAUGAUCGACAAUGUCUAUAAUCCUGCAGCCAUUGCUGUUGAUUGGGUGUACAAGACCAUCUACUGGACUGAUGCAGCUUCUAAGACUAUUUCAGUUGCUACCCUAGAUGGAACCAAGAGGAAGUACCUGUUUAACUCUGACUUGAGAGAGCCCGCCUCCAUAGCUGUGGACCCGCUGUCUGGCUUUGUUUACUGGUCAGACUGGGGUGAACCAGCUAAAAUAGAAAAAGCAGGGAUGAAUGGAUUUGAUAGACGUCCACUGGUAACCUUGGAUAUCCAAUGGCCUAAUGGAAUUACACUUGAUCUUAUAAAAAGCCGCCUUUAUUGGCUUGAUUCCAAGUUGCACAUGCUAUCCAGUGUGGACUUGAAUGGCCAAGAUCGGAGGAUAGUACUAAAAUCUCUGGAGUUUCUGGCUCAUCCUCUUGCAUUAACAAUAUUUGAGGAUCGUGUCUACUGGAUAGAUGGGGAAAAUGAAGCUGUGUAUGGCGCCAAUAAAUUCACUGGAUCCGAACUGGCUACUCUAGUCAACAAUCUCAAUGAUGCACAAGACAUCAUUGUUUAUCAUGAACUUGUACAACCAUCAGGUAAAAAUUGGUGUGAAGAAGACAUGGAGAAUGGAGGAUGUGAAUACCUCUGCCUGCCAGCACCACAGAUUAAUGAUCACUCUCCAAAAUAUACCUGUUCCUGUCCCAACGGGUACCAUCUAGAAGAAAAUGGGAGAGAGUGCCAAAGAAUCAACGUAACCACAGCAGUCUCAGAAGUCAGUGUUCCCCCAAAAGGGUCUUCUGCAGCCUGGGCCAUCCUGCCUCUGUUGCUGUUAGUGAUGGCGGCAGUAGGUGGCUACCUGAUGUGGCGAAACUGGCAACACAAGAACAUGAAAAGCAUGAACUUUGACAAUCCUGUGUACUUGAAGACAACCGAAGAGGACCUCUCCAUAGACAUUGGUAGACACAGUGCUUCAGUAGGACACACAUACCCAGCAAUAUCAGUUGUCAGCACAGAUGAUGAUCUAGCUUGACCCCAGAGACAAGUCUUGCCCUUUGAGGUCUAAAUCAAUAAUACCCCAGUUCGGAAUGGUAACCGAGCCAGCGCUGAAGUCUUUCUUCCUCCCAUUUGGAAGAACGUCAAGAUAGAUUUGCGUGGAUCAAGCUUGUGUACUUGACCGUUUUUUUUUUAUAUUACUUUUGUAAAUAUUCUUGUCCGCAUUCUACUUCAGCUUUGGAUGUGGUUACCAAGAAUGUGUAAUCCUUGAACUUUUAGACAGUAUUGCCACCUCUGGCCAAAUAUGCACUUUGUCUAGAAAGCCAUAUCCCAGCAAUGAAAAUUGUGCUAUAAUGUACACCACUUGUACAUAUCUGUAUAGGCCCCCUGUAAAUACCCCCAGAGAACAAUCACUAUUCUUAAGCACUUUGAAAAUAUUUCUAUGUAAAUUAUUGUAAACUUUUUUCAAUGGUUGGGACAAUGGCAAUAGGAUAAAACGGGUUACUAAGAUAAAAUUGCCAAAAAAAUUUGUAAACUAAUUUUGUACGUAUGAAUGAAACCCUUAACCUCCGUGGAGGUUUGCAAAGACUGAGUGUUCAAACUACUGUACAUUUUUUUUUCAAGUGCUAAAAAAAAAAUUAAACCAAGCAGCU